CAACAACAACAACAACAACAACAACAACAACAACAACAACAACAACAACAACAACCAGCCGCCUCAACCAUCUCCAUCACCAACAAGAAUACUUCCUUGUCCCCCAACCUCACGCCACGAGUUUUGCUCAUUCAGUUCCCUCCCACUUUCCGACAAGAAACAUGGCUCAGAAUCGCGCCUCCUGGCCGCUCUGGGCUCAGUUCGUCCUGCGCGCGGCCUCAGUGGUGCUUCUCUUGGUCGGUCUAGGCUACCUGGCAUACGGUAGCGCGAGAUUCGGUAGCCAUUUUGUCGCUGGUUAUGUGGUGGUACUCUUCAACCUCGCCGUCUUAACCAGGGUCUGCACCUUGAUCUUCGGCAGCUCAUCAGACAUCGGUCGUCCCGAGCUCGGAUGCACGUCUUUCGCCGACAUUAUCGGAAUCCUCUUGGCGAUAAUCGGCGGCAUGGUCACCAUGUUCCUGUACGGCCAGAAUCGCGAAUGCGGCGACGAUAACUGCGACACUCUCCGCUCCUACCCGGCGGGUUCGGCCCAAGGCACGGUUGCUUAUUUGUUAUAUACUGUUUCGUACGUCCCAACCCUUCGGUCUUCUUAA